CAGUCUAAGCGGUCUAAGCGGUCUAAGCCGUACAGUUCAAGAAUAAAAACCAUGGCCUAGUUAGGCUAGCAAACAUCCAUCAGUCCGCACUUGUAUUUUUAAUUGAUAAGGAAUGAUGUUCGAAGAUAAAGAGGCCGAUAAAUAUGUCAAUCAUCUGUUAUCCUUGGAAAAUCGCAGGGCUCACAAUAAGAGCUAGGCCUAUAAGAACAUGGACAUAUUCGCAGGAAAUUUACUGCAGUGUAUUUCUUCAGCCUGUUACCAUGGAGAUACUGAGAACCAUUUGCCUUCUGAUCUUGGCGGUUGUGCAUGCCGACAGGGCUACCUACGACAAAUACCAGGUUCGAAGAGUGGUGCCAGAAAGCCAAGAGCAACUUGAAGUUCUGCGGGACUUGGAGAAGAAUUCCAACGGACUAAGUUUCUGGGUGGGCCCAAGCAGAGUUCAGAAGGCCGUGGACAUCAUGGUACCACCACAUAUGCUUCCUCAGUUCGACGAAAUCAUGGCAAGCCUCAACCUCAGAUCCGAAGUCUACAUUAAGAACGUACAGCACCUAAUCGACACGGAGCGCCCCAAAGUGAGGCCGAGAGCAGAUUUCGGCUGGACAGACUACUACAGUCUGGACGCAAUCUACGCCUGGCUGGACUCCCUCGUGGAAACUUACCCUGAGGUCUUGAUCCCAAUUACUGUGGGCAGAACUUAUGAAGGCCGUCAGAUAAGAGGGGUGAAGUUGUCCUUUAAGGAGGGAAACCGUGGCGUCAUCUUGGAAGGAGGAAUCCAUGCCCGAGAGUGGAUCAGUCCCGCCACUGUGACGUACAUUCUGAACAAGCUGCUGACUAGUCAGGAUCCAGUGAUGCAGGACCUGGUACAGUCCUUCGACUAUUACGUCUUCCCUAGCGUAAAUCCGGACGGCUAUGUGUACACGCAUACAACGGACCGCAUGUGGAGGAAGACCCGCAGUCAAGGAGGAAAUCGCUGCUUUGGUGCUGAUGCAAACAGGAAUUUUGACUUCCACUGGCUGGAGAUUGGGGCCAGCAGCUCGCCGUGUUCUGAUACUUACGCCGGAUCAGCUCCUUUCUCCGAAAUCGAAACUCGAGUGCUGUCCGAAUACCUGACCAGCAUAGCGGACCAAUUUGAUGCCUACCUCACCUUUCACAGCUACAGCCAACUGCUGCUCUUCCCCUACGGGCACAACAAUGACAAUGUAUCCAACUACGAUGAAUUGUUGGCCCUCGGUCAGGCAGCUGUUAGUGCUCUGGCCAACAACAAUGGCACUCAGUACGCUGUUGGGAAUAUCUACAGCACUAUCUAUCCAACUAGCGGUGUAAGCAUGGACUGGGUGCGUGGUGUAUUCAAUACUCCCUACACAUACUCCUGGGAGCUCAGGGACAAGGGGAACCACGGUUUCCUACUGCCCGCGGACCAAAUUAUUGACACCGCUGAGGAGACCCUCGUUUCCUUGAUUGUGAUUCUGCGACAUGCGAAGGAAAAGUUGGGACGCAACUAAAACACUUCAUGGAUACUGGAGACGUAAAACACACUUGUACAUGGAGCAAAAACAGCGCUAUCGAUCGAACAGUAACACACUUCUGGAGUCCCACGGGAGGAAGAAUGGUGCACUUAAACAUGGCAAUUUAACGCAUUUGUAGAGUAUACGGAAUUAUUGCUCACCUACAUACAAAAAUAAAAAUUAAACUUGUACAAUGUUAUGGACCGAACAAUAACAUACGUUGAUAUGUUGGGAUUUUGGACUUUAUCCAUCGUCCUGGUUUUUAAGAUAACAAAUAAAAACACGACGUUUCGG